AUGGACCUGUCCUUCGCCACCCUCGAGCCCGCAAACGCCCUCGCGAAAUUGGCAUUCAGCAGCGUGUACGAUGCCAUUUUGCAGAGCCGUCAACGGACCAAGCGAAACUCCCAGAUGGAUAUCCCCGCUGCCGAGCGCAUAAGUGUCGAGUCUCGGCAGAGAUACCACGAGGACGUGCUUCGGUUCCAGCGCGAAAUGGACAACCUCGAGGACGAAAAUUCCAGCGAAAGCUCGUCCGACUCCGACACUGAUGUCAAGAGCAAGAAUCGCUACCAGGGUAUGGUAUGGACGGGACGCUACGUCCUGGGGCUCCAGCUUCCGCCCUACGAGCCUGAUGUCGGGUGGGUUGCAGGCAAAGGGCUUGGGGGGAACAAACCCUACACCGACAUCUUCUUCUGCACCACCGCCUUCUCGAAGCGCCACAAUAUCAAUCUCCGGAGCUCUCAUGUUCGAUUCAAUUUUGAUCAAGACAAUAGGGCCUUCUUCGUCUCGAGCAUGACUAGUUCGCAUUUGGCAAGACUUGCCGUCAACGGUGUCACAGUCGGCAGGGAAUUGCAUGCCUUGAACCAGCACAACAUGAAAAUUCAGUUGGGUCUCUUGGAAUACGAUUUCCAGUACACAGAUGUUGCGUCGUCAAACAGCUUUAUAGGCAAGCGGCGAGAGUACAUGGUUGGCAACAUAACAACGCCGCCCGUUGCUUUCCUCAGCAUGCCGACUCCACGCCGUAACACCAGGACCAUCGGACGGUGGACCCUAGGUGAGCCACGAGGCAAGGGUAGCACUGGCAGUGUGUUCCUCGGCUCCAACCGGAAAAACGAGGUCGUAGCUGUGAAGAUCAUGGCACUUGAUUCCGAGUCGAAAAGCCUUGUGGACGGGGAAAUUGCCGCGUACCAGGCGUUGACAGCCUUGGCAGAGAAGCACAACGACGGCGGACGACUUGUUCGACUAAAGGAGACCAUCGACCCCAGGGAAGAUAAGAACGCGGUCAGCUUUAUCUUCGAUGAAGUUUGCCUCGUCCUAGAGCCCAUGGCGCCGAUAACAGUGCACGCGCUAGCGGACGAGGGGAUCGUCGGAGGACUCAAAGGAAUGGCGAUCGAGGCGGCUGCGAUUUUCCGUCAAGCACUGCUGGGUCUCAAAUUCAUGCACGACAACGGCUGGGUCCACGGCAACAUAAAGCCAAGCAAUAUUGGAGUGGUAUCGAGGGGGAGAGCGGUGCUCCUUGACCUCGGCCAAGCCCAGUACCUCGGGUCGGAUGACAUGUCGCCGGCCCGGCCGGGUAUUGGUGGCACGCUUAAUUACCUGGCUCCAGAGCGCGAAAUGAUCGGCUACGACCACUCAGCUGACAUAUGGUCCAUGGGAUGUAUUGGAUUCUUGUUGACGUAUGGAUACCACCCGUUCACGUAUCCGCUAAACCCAUGGCGUCCCGGGGACCAGUACACAGCCGUCCGGCCGCUCUUUCAACUGAGGCACGAGGGAGCCAUCGACAGGCUGCUGGACGAUUACACGCACUACUUCAACCACGGGGCGGCAGAUCCAAACCCGCACUUCGUACAUCUCGGCGAUAUACUUGCCAAGAUGCUGCGACAUCAGUUCGCAAUGAGGCAACGGGAUCGCGCCCAGCGGGCUGACGUCGAUAGAGUUCUCAACCACCGGUCGUGGAUACCCCUGUUAUCGAAGUAG